GCCAUCUUGCAAAAUCGAAUCCAGUCCAAUUUGGUGAACGCUCCGCAAAUUUCCUGAAAUUUUGAUAUUUAGCUGCCACAAAAACAUUCGGGAACUAUGAAUCGCCGUGGAGGACGAGAUGAUUACAACGACCGAGGGGGCCGCGGUGGCGGAGGCUCAUCGAAUCUGAUGCGUCGCAACGAUCGCUUUGGUGGACGAGUGGAGAAACGCUUCGACAAACAGGAGCGCAAUGGGGAGAAUUUGCGAGAAAUCCGUUGGGAUCAGGUGAAGUUGGAACCAUUUAAAAAGAACUUUUUCAAUCCCGCUAGUAGCGUUCUGGAACGGUCGAGGACGGAGGUUUGCCAGUAUCUGGAUAAAAACGAGAUCACGAUGAUCGGUAAGAACGUCCCAGCUCCGGUGCUGAAGUUUGAGGAAAGUGGCUUUCCGAGCUGCUUCUUAGACGAGAUGUCGCGCCAAGGAUUCCAGGAACCGACAAACAUCCAAGCUGUAGGCUGGUCAAUUGCGACGAGCGGAAGAGACAUGGUCGGUAUCGCUAAAACCGGCAGUGGAAAAACUCUGGCGUAUAUUCUGCCGGCUUUGAUUCAUAUUAGCAACCAACCGAGGCUGCUACGUGGUGAUGGUCCAAUUGCUUUGGUACUGGCACCAACUCGAGAAUUGGCCCAGCAGAUUCAACAAGUUUGCAAUGAAUUCGGCCGUCGUAUGAGUAUUAUGAACACUUGCAUUUUUGGCGGUGCUUCCAAGCAUCCUCAAGCUGAUGAUUUAAGACGUGGUGUGGAGAUUGUAAUUGCCACCCCAGGACGGUUGAUUGAUUUUCUUGAAAGUGGAACGACAAAUCUACGCCGUACCACUUACUUGGUACUUGACGAGGCGGAUCGUAUGCUUGAUAUGGGUUUCGAGCCACAAAUCAGGAAAAUUAUUUCCCAAGUACGACCAGACAGGCAGGUUCUCAUGUGGUCGGCAACCUGGCCGAAGGAAAUCCGCAAGCUGGCCGAGGAGUUCCUCCUGGACUACAUCCAAAUCAACAUCGGUUCGCUCAACUUGGCAGCAAAUCAUCAAAUCAUGCAGAUCAUCGAAUGUUGCGAAGAGUAUGAGAAGGAGAACCGUCUGUUCAAAUUACUUACUGAAUUGUCGCAACAAGGCGAUAAUAAAUCGAUAGUUUUCGUCGAAACCAAACGUAAGGUUGAUCAGAUUGCGGGCAUUAUCAAGCGCAACGGUUGGAGGGCUGACGGCAUUCACGGUGACAAAACACAAAAGGAUCGCGAUUAUGUCUUGAGUACGUUCCGGCGGUCGCGUAGCGGAAUUUUGGUCGCUACCGAUGUGGCUUCGCGCGGCUUAGACGUCGAUGAUGUCAAGUACGUCAUCAACUUUGAUUUCCCGAACAACACGGAGGACUAUAUUCAUCGCAUUGGUCGAACUGGCCGCUCAAACCACAAGGGUACAUCAUACACAUUCUUUACUCCAGCCAACGGCUCGAAAGCUCACGAUUUGAUCGGAGUACUAAAGGAAGCAAAUCAGUACAUCAAUCCGGAGUUGGAGCAAUACGCCCGCAGCGGUGGUGGUCGCAAUCGUGGUGGCGGCCGUGGACGCUUUGGUAAUAGUGGUCGUGAUCGUCCGAUGAGAAACGAUUUCAAAGGACGUCGCGGUGACGAUUACCGCAGUGGAACUGGAGAUGAUCGUGGACCGAAAUUCGCUCGUCGUGAUGACUAUGGUAGUGGAAACCGCAACGAUUAUGCAUCUAGGAAUGGCGGAUUUGGAGGAAACAAGGAUCGAGAUGGUGGAUUCAAAUCCAAUGGUUUUGGUGCAUCCAACGAUCGUGGUGGUUAUGGUUCUCGUGACAGCUCAAAGCCCAGCUCUGGAUUUGGAUCUAGCUCUGCCGAUAAAUCUGCUCCAUAUGGUGGCCACGAUUUACGUUCGAGUGGAUAUAGCGCACGUCAGCAAAAUGGAACAAGCGGUGGAUUUACCGGAGGAAGCGUGACACUUCCGAACUUCAGCAAACCACCUCCAACGUUUGGAGCACCAGCAGCAGGAGGUUUCACUACUCCACCUCCUCCCACUCGUCGCCCGGAAGAGAGACAACGUCCACCACUUGCCAGCACCAUUGGCAGUUCAUUUGGAUCUAUGAGUACUGGUGGUUACAGCGCAAGCAACACGUCCAGCAUCCCGAGCAGCACUGUCCAGUCUCGUCCGUAUGGAUCUCGAGCUAGUGUUCCAUCGGCAGUUGCUAAUGGCAUGUGAAGUACAUUCUCCAUAGUUUGAAGUGAAUAACUUAUAGUGGAGAAAGAUGAUUUAUACUGAAACAACAAUGUAUGUCCUAAUAUGUAAGUCAUUCUACCUUUCCGUUAUUGCCACAGUAACAACGCAAGACAAUUCAAUUCGGGUGGUUUUCAUUAGUUGAAAGUUUUUUUUUAUCCACAUUAUUAUGUAUCUGAUUCUGAAUGGCAGCAUUCAACAAGAUCCUGCACUUGAGAUAUUUAGAAAGUAUAUUUUAUUUUAGCAUGUAACUAGCUGUAAGUCAAACAAUCUUCACAAAAAUGAAUGAAUAAAUGUAUUGAAAACGUAACAA